GGCUGAUUAUGUGGCCGGCCAUAGAUGCUGCUCUCUCAUGUCUCUCCACACUUUUGAUAUCUCCAAUCAUUUACCAAUUUUAUGUCAAAUUGGAUACAGCUGCUCCUGUUCCUGUAGGAUAGCUGAUAAGAACCCUUUACCUCAUUGAUGAUAGAUAACCACCACUGCUCACUAGACUCCACUUUCCGGCAUACAAAAAUAGAUAACAACAGAAGAAAAAGAAAAAACAGAAAAUGGAGGGAACAAUCAAGUCUCCGGCCAACUACGUUCUCACUCCCAUCAGCUUCCUCGAUCGAUCCGCCGUCGUCUACGCCGACAGAACAUCCAUAGUCUACGGUCCUGUCACCUACACGUGGCGCCAGACCCGUGACCGCUGCGUCAGAAUCGCCUCCGCUCUCUCCCAGCUCGGCAUCUCCUCCGGCGAUGUGGUUUCGGUGUUGGCUCCAAACGUCCCAGCUAUGGUGGAGUUGCACUUCGCUGUUCCCAUGGCCGGAGCUCUCCUCUGCACACUCAACAUCCGCCACGACUCCUCCCUCGUCGCCGUUCUGCUCAGACACUCGGAGACCAAAGUCCUUUUCGCUGAUCAUCAGUUCCUCCCAAUAGCUCAAGGAGCUUGCGAGAUUCUCUCCAAGAAAGGCGACAAGGUCCCGCUUCUCGUCUUGAUCCAAGAGCCUAGCGUCCGACCAGCUGUUCUCUCGGGGAGGAACACGAGAUCGAUCAUGGAGUACGAAGACGUUGUGUCCAUGGGGAGAUCCGAUUUCCAAGUCAUAAGACCAAAGGACGAGUGUGAUGCGAUCUCUCUGAACUACACUUCGGGAACCACUUCGAGUCCCAAGGGCGUUGUCUACAGUCACAGAGGCGCUUAUUUGAACUCUCUAGCGACAGUUAUACUCAACGAGAUGCAAUCCUCGCCUACUUACCUCUGGACUAAUCCCAUGUUUCAUUGCAACGGGUGGUGUUUAAUCUGGGGCGUUACCUCGAUUGGUGGGAGUCAUAUAUGUCUGAGGAACGUAACCGCAAAGGGUGUGUUUGAUAGUAUUUGUAAGCAUAAUGUGACUCACACGGGAGGUGCACCGACCAUACUGAACAUGAUCAUCAACGCUAGCGACUCCGAGAAAAGGCCGCUUCCAGGGAAGGUGUCUUUUAUAACCGGCGCUGCACCACCGCCUCCUCACGUGAUUUACAAGAUGGAGGAGUUAGGGUUCUCUGUGUUUCACUCGUAUGGGUUGACGGAGACUUACGGACCGGGAACGGUAUGCACGUGGAAGCCUGAGUGGGACUCUCUGCCUAGGGAAGAGCAGGCGAAAAUGAAGGCGAGGCAAGGAGUGAAUCAUGUAGGGAUCGAGGAAGUCGCUGUGAAAGAUCCUGUGACCAUGAGGACUCUCCCGGCUGAUGGGGUGAGUAUGGGUGAGGUUGUCUUCAGGGGGAACACGGUGAUGAAUGGUUACUUGAAGAACCCUGAAGCGACCAAGGAGUGUUUUAAAGGAGGUUGGUUUUGGAGCGGGGACUUGGGUGUGAAGCAUCCUGAUGGGUACGUAGAGCUGAAAGAUAGGUCCAAAGACAUUAUAAUCUCGGGAGGAGAGAACAUAAGCUCGAUCGAAGUCGAGUCUGUUCUGUUUACUCAUCCUUGUGUUCUCGAAGCGGCUGUUGUUGCGAGGCCUGAUGAGUAUUGGGGUGAGACUGCUUGUGCGUUUGUGAAGCUUAAAGACGGGUAUAAGGCCACGGCCGAGGAGAUUAUAAGCUACUGCAGGGGGAAGCUCCCGCAUUACAUGGCUCCGAGGAGUAUUGUGUUCGAGGAUCUUCCGAAAACAUCGACUGGGAAAGUUCAAAAGUUUGUCCUGAGGAGUAAGGCUCAGGCUAUGGGAAGCUUAUCGAAGAAAGGAACAAGCAAGCUAUGAACCGGUAAGUUUUUUUUUUGUGUGUGUGUCGUGUUGGUUAAGGUAAAUCGGAAACAUUGUACUACCACGGACAAGCCAAGUUGUGUCGUUAUGAAAUAAAGCAUCAUGUUGAUUAAGCUUAAACAGGAAUGAUUAUUGUUUUAAUAUAAACCAAGUUGAAAUAAAUAAAAACAGGUAUGAGGGUUGUA